UCCUCCUCAACAGCGCGCCGGGACUCUCGGCUCCGACGCAAAAUACUGCGGGAGAGGGGGUGGGGCGAGGGCUGGAGAGGCGACGCGCCCGCCGGUAACCUCCGUUUGAGUUCUCGGUCUCUCUCGGCGGUGCCUGUGCUAGCCUCGGCUUCUCCAGCGCACCCCAGCCGCCUCCUAGCGGCGCGGCGCCCGCUCCUAAGCUUAAAAUGACGAAUGUGUGAUUUCAGUGGAAUAAAUGGCGUCCAAAGUCACUGAUGCUAUAGUCUGGUAUCAAAAAAAGAUUGGAGCAUAUGAUCAACAAAUAUGGGAAAAAUCUGUUGAACAAAGAGAAAUCAAGGGUUUAAGGAAUAAACCAAAGAAAACAGCGCAUGUGAAACCAGACCUCAUAGAUGUUGAUCUUGUAAGAGGCUCUGCAUUUGCUAAGGCAAAACCUGAAAGUCCUUGGACUUCUCUGACUAGAAAAGGAAUUGUUCGAGUUGUAUUUUUUCCCUUUUUCUUCCGGUGGUGGUUACAAGUAACAUCUAAAGUCAUCUUUUUCUGGCUUCUUGUCCUUUAUCUUCUUCAAGUUGCUGCAAUAGUAUUGUUCUGUUCCACUUCUAGCCCACAUAACAUACCUCUGACAGAAGUGAUUGGGCCGAUCUGGCUGAUGCUCCUCCUGGGAACCGUGCACUGCCAGAUUGUUUCAACAAGAACACCCAAGCCUCCUCUCAGUACAGGCGGUAAAAGAAGAAGGAAAUUAAGAAAAGCAGCCCAUUUGGAAGUCCAUAGGGAAGGAGAUGGUUCUAGUACCACAGAUAAUUCACAGGAGGGAGCAGUCCAGAACUACGGUACAAGCACCUCAUACACUGUUGGCGCAGUCUUCAGAGAUCUCUGGCAUGCUGCUUUCUUUUUAUCAGGAUCAAAGAAAACAAAGAAUUCAAUUGAUAAAUCAACUGAAACUGACAAUGGCUAUGUGUCCCUUGAUGGGAAAAAGACUGUUAAAAGCAAUGAAGACGGAGUACAAAGCCAUGAACCGCAGUGUGAAACUAUUCAACCAGAAGAGACAACCUGGAACAAAGGAACACUAAGGAACAUCCCCAACAAAGAUACCCAAAGGACAAGGACAAAUGUCUCUGAUGAAGUCUCCAGCGAGGAAGGUCCUGAAACAGGGUACCCAUUACGCCAUCAUGUGGACAGGACUUCUGAGAGCAUUCUUCGGAAUAGGAAGUCACACCAUUAUAAGAAACAUUACCCUAAUGAGGAUGCCCCUAAAUCGGGUACUAGUUGCAGCUCUCGCUGUUCAAGUUCCAGACAGGAUUCUGAGAGCACAAGGCCAGAAUCUGAAACAGAAGAUGUAUUAUGGGAAGACUUGUUACAUUGUGCAGAAUGCCGAUCAUCUUGUACCAGUGAGACAGAUAUGGAAAAUCCUCAUAUUAAUCCAUGUGUGAAAAAAGAAUAUAGAGACGAUCCUUUUCACCAGAGUCAUUUGCCCUGGCUCCACAGCGCCCACCCAGGAUUAGAAAAGAUAAGCGCUAUAGUAUGGGAAGGCAACGACUGUAAGAAAGCAGAUAUGUCUGUACUGGAAAUCAGUGGAAUGAUAAUGAACCGAGUGAAUAGCCAUGUACCAGGAAUAGGAUACCAGAUUUUUGGAAAUGCAAUUUCUGUCAUCCUGGGUUUAACUCCAUUUGUUUUCCGACUCUCCCAAGCUACAGACUUGGAACAACUCACAGCACAUUCUGCUUCAGAACUUUAUCUGAUUGCAUUCGGUUCUAAUGAAGAUGUCAUAGUUUUUUCUAUGGUUAUUAUAAGUUUUGUGGUUCGUGUGUCUCUUGUGUGGAUUUUCUUUUUUUUGCUCUGUGUAGCAGAAAGAACUUAUAAACAGCGCUUACUUUUUGCAAAACUCUUUGGACAUUUAACAUCAGCAAGGAGGGCUCGAAAAUCUGAGGUUCCUCAUUUCCGGUUGAAGAAAGUACAAAAUAUAAAAAUGUGGCUAUCUCUUCGGUCCUAUCUUAAGCGUCGAGGUCCUCAGCGAUCAGUUGAUGUAAUAGUUUCCUCUGCUUUCCUGUUGACUAUCUCAGUGGUGUUUAUCUGUUGUGCUCAGUUGCUUCAUGUGCAUGAGAUCUUCUUUGACUGUCAUUACAAUUGGGAACUGGUAAUCUGGUGCAUCUCGUUAACCCUUUUCCUCCUAAGAUUUGUUACCCUUGGAUCAGAAACAAGUAAAAAAUAUAGCAAUACCUCAAUAUUACUUACUGAACAGAUAAACCUAUACUUGAAAAUGGAGAAGAAACCUAACAAAAAAGAGGAACUGACACUAGUGAAUAAUGUUUUGAAAUUGGCUACUAAACUACUAAAGGAAUUGGACAGUCCCUUCAGGUUAUAUGGGCUCACAAUGAACCCACUGCUUUAUAACAUCACCCAGGUUGUCAUCCUGUCAGCUGUUUCUGGUGUUAUCAGUGACUUGCUGGGAUUUAAUUUAAAGCUGUGGAAGAUUAAAUCAUGACAAUUCAGAGAAAAAGAAGCUGUAGCCUCUUUUCCGGAAUAAGAGUACCAACUAAGCCGCCUGAACGUAGUCACUGACUCUCUGCUUCAGGAGUCUCAGCUGGGAAAUUGAAGUGUUUACAUCACACUGUCUCGUGCAAUUCUUAUAUUUAUUUUACUUGUUCACUGUUUUUUACAUUUACUUUAGUCUUUAUAUUUUAUUUUUAGCAUUGAUGUAUACUCAGUUGUUGAUAAAAAGGGUGAUAAAAUUGAUAUCCAGAUACUUGAGAUCCUGGUAAUUGUGCAUAAAUAAUUGACAAAACAACAAAGCGUGAGAAUAGAAGCCAUUGCUAAGCACUGUUGCUCCAUCAAUGCCGUAAACUUGCCUUACUUGAGGACAACUUCUUCAACUUUGGAAUAUUGCAUUAGACUCAGCUAAAUCCAUAAAGCAUUUUCUUCAGUAAAUCAAGAUCCAUUCGGUGUUUCUCUUGAACUAUUUUGGAACAAUGCCUGGAUCUAAACUGAUUAAGCUGCAGUUAAGCACCCUUCAGUAUUAAUAUAUAUGGUAUUACAUAACAGGUCAACAAAGUGCUCUUUGAUGAUAAAACUCUUAAUAGAGCAAUAAUUGUAAAUGGUUACCAAACUGUAAGAUAUUUUGAUAAAAAUUUACUAGUGAUAAUUGUAUUUAUUUGAAACACUGGGCUGUUUGCACAGCUCUAACUGUGCAUGCUCAAGAUGUGCACUUUUUAAAAUUAUUACUUUUAAUGCAUUUCUUUAUAUGGGAUAUGUUAUAGUGUACUAGGGCAUGAUAUGGUAUCCUUUUGAGUGAGGUAUAUACUCAUCUCACAAGUGAAGUGCCUAUUGAUAUUACUAAAGUACAUUAUGUUUACUCAAGUAAAAUAAUUUUCUCCCCAUGGUACGCUGUAGUGUAUGCUCUUCAUACCACACUCAAAUGAGUAACUUCAGAACCAGUAAAAUACUCCUCUCAUUGACAGUUUUAAAAGUACUGUAUACCCCAGUUUUCAGAAGAGGCAGCUUCACCUCACAAAUUGUGUCCUCUAAGCUUAAUCUGGCAUGUCCCCGCCCCCCAUCACCACCCAAUUAUAUAAGGGCUAUUUUAGACGUUUUUAACCUGGACCCACCACUGCAACCCCCAGGUAAUUUUGCAAGUGUCCAAAUGAGAAUUUACUGUGUUGGCACAUUAGGUAAGUAGGGCAAAUAUGAUGGUAUCUUAUUGGGCCUUGAUUUUAAGUUGUUAUAUUUGUACAAUCAAGAAUAUUUUAGAAAAUAAUUGAACCAUGAACUGUAUUUGCAAUUCUUUUUUAACUGGGCAUCUAGUUUCUAAAACAAAAAAUUUAUUUGAAACAGUCUAGAAUUUUCUUGGUGCAAGGUGUGUCAUGUUGAAUAUCCUCGCAUUUUUUAAACAUUUUAGGGAAUUUAAAAUAAUUAAUUGUAAAAUUAUGUAUUUGAUUGGUGCAGUUUUAAUCCCCAAAUCAUAAUCUUAAGAUUGGAAAUGUGUAGAGAACAGAGCCAUGUCACGAUGUCACUUUGUUCUUACCAUUCCUUUUCAUCAGCCUCAGUUCAGCCUCUGUAGUUGAUUUUCUUCCUGUAGAAAACAACAAAAGUAUUUUGUUUUAUUUGCCUAUGUUCUAAUAUGUUUAAUAAUGACCAAAGUGCAUUCUGAGUUUUUUCAAGGAAUGUAUUACUGGAGCUUUAAGAACAUACUUAUUUUCUCAUGUGAAAAAUUAGGCUUUGUCUGAUAUGUUUCUUCUUCCUCUAUUGUCUAAUGUUGAGGUUGUUUUUAGGAAUUAUAUUUUAUAAACUUUUUCAAAAUAAGGUACAAAGCUAUUCAGAACUUAAUAUUUGCACAGAAUAUGUCAAAUAUAUUUUGAGAAAAAAGUACAGCAUGAGUUCUGUUAGAAUAAAAGAGGAAAGGGAAAGAAACUAUUGUAUCACAAAAAAACUUAUUUCAAAAUGGAAUUAUUUUUGAGAAAAGUAGCUAAAUAUACUGAUUUAGGGAAAUGCUUGUUUUGGAUUGAAGUUUAUUUUAACUUGGAGUUGAGAGUUGACUUACUGAGUACCAUAUACCUCUCAACAACUUACUAAUAAUAUGUUGAAUUAUUUCACUAAUGUGGACAACAGUAAAAUAUAAAGGGAAAAAGUCAUUUUAAGCAAUUCCAGAAAAUUAAUGGAACUGUUUUCAAAGCAGAAAAUUUGACAUUGCUGCCUUUAAGAAUACUAUGAAUGUAAGAAAUUCAAAGAAAUUGUAACAUAUCACCUAAUAUAGAAAAGGCAGAGAUAGAAUUGUGGCAGAUGUGUGUUAACCACUUCUAUGCCACAUGCAUUGUGUUUUAGAGUUUGAACAGCAGGUUUCAAAUAAAACAUUCUGUGACUGGCAGUUAAACUAGAGGUGUUUUUUUAAGUUUUCAAGUCAUACACAUUUCUAUGGUAAUUUUGUUUGACUAUAGCCUAAACUUUAGUGAUAGCUUUUAGUUAGAGUUGAGGGGAAUGGAAAUAAAUUUCUUAAAACUUCCCACCAUUUCAGGUUUUGUUAUGAUCCUCAGAACAUGAAAGCAUAAAUAAUACAUACACAGGCCUUUAUUAAUGAUGUUGUGACAUCAUUAAUUUUUGCGUGUUUGUAUUUAAAUACAGAAUACUGGCAUAUUAAAACUCAUUGUGGAAGGAUA